AUGAGGCCAUCUACAUUUGAGACGCGUUGGCAACUUUUGAUGGAGGAAUAUGGGUUACAAGAUCACGACUGGUUGAAUGACAUGUACUCAAUUAGGGACCAAUGGGUACCUGCCUGCUUCCGUGACAUCCCAAUGUGUUGUCUGAUGAAGACUACAUCAAGAUGUGAAAGCUCUAACUCAAGCUUCAAGGUCAACUCUUCUAGCGCUAACACACUAGUUCAGUUCAUGCUAUGUUACGAAACUAGGAUAGACAAUCAGCGUUACAGGCAACGUGUUGCAGAGUUUAAAACUUCAUCUAGUGUAUUCAUGGACAGUACUGACUUAGCUAUUGAGAAGCAUGCUUUUGAGUUGUAUACACAUGCAAUUUCCACAGAAGUAAGAAAAGAGAUAUACAAGGGGAAGCUGUUUUGUUACAUUGUAAACACGGAGGAUUGUAAUGAUGUUUGUGUUUACUAUGUGAAUCAGUUGGACAAACGUAACAAUGCAACCAACACAUUCACGGUUAAACUUGAGUUGAGUAAUCAGCACAUUUUUUGUGUUUACCGGGUAAACAAUAUUGAAAAAAUCCCGGCCCAGUUUAUUGUUAAGCGUUGGCCUAGGGACGUGCUUCCUAAAAGUUUAUUUUCUAUUGAGAGUCGAUAUGGCGUUGACACUCGUCCACAAGCUGUUGCGAGAAGUCAGAUUCUUGAGAUCGUAACUGAAUGUGUGGACGUAUUAAGAAGUGAUGUCGGAGGACAUUCUUCUUUCGCUGAGCAGAUAAAGGAACUGAAAUUCAAGUUACUAAAUGGAGGACCAGUUGAUGACGAAGCCAACAAUCAUAACUAUGCUGCUGUUGAAGAAUUGCUUGGUGUUUCUUUAGAUGGGGACGUAACUCUCAACAAUCCAGACGGGAUCAGGAACAAAGGACGCGGCAAACGCCGACGAUUGUCUAGAGCACCUCAGGAUGGAACGAGCAACUCUGCUGUCAAACCUCCCAAAACACCCAGGCUUUGCCGAACCUGUAUGAAGUACGUGACUGGGCAUGAUUCAAGAAAUUGCAAGAAAAAGAAGAACAAGAAUAAAUCAGGUAACGAGGACGAGGACUCAAGCUCUGCGAGUCAGGAGUCCACUUGA